AUGGCGGUUUGGGCAAACUUCCCGCAUUACAAGAGCGCGGCACGUGGAGGUGGACCAUCUCCCGGCGAGGGUAAUGGUGGCAAACCUCCAGCUCUGCAAGAACGCGGCAGUAGUCCAUCUCCAGGAAUUGGACACGGUGGCGUUGGUAAACCUCCAGCACUACAAGCAUAA